AUGUCAAACGAACUUAUCCUUCAUGUUUGGGAUUCGUUAACAGCUGCAGAUGUCAUAUACAGUUUCUCGCAUCUUAAUGCUCGUAUUAAUUCGUUGUUGUCAGAAUUUUGUGAACUUUACAAACAAUUGGACUUACGUUAUUGUUCAUUAUCAGUUUGCCGAUUUCUUUGUCAUAAAGUACCAACUAUGAUUGAAUGGCGUCUUGGUCUUACUGUUCUUAAAUUAGGUAAUCGAGAUCGAUGUUCUCAAAUGGAUAUGUUUGCAGACGAAGUAGCAAAAUCAAUCGUCCGGGGUCAUUUUGCAAGGCAAGGAAAAUCAUUUAAUAACGCACCUAAAAAUAUCUUCCGUAUCUUGAUGACAUAUACAUAA